CUUUCCUCCCGGGACCACUGAGAUGCACCGUUAACGAUUCUGCGGAACUUCCUUUCGGACUCUGAGAUGAACGUAAAGUGGACAGUGAAACGAUUUCUUCUUAUGUCGUUUUCAAUCUCCCACUUGCUGGUACUUGAGGGAGCUCAGAGCCGACUUUCAGUGGCAGAAGGAAGACUACAGAGGAGGGCUAAUGCACUUCGGAGGAAACGGGAUCUCCUCGGGGAGGAGCCAUACCGACCAUUGCUGUCAGAGGGUACUCUGUCACGCAGCAUCUUACACAACUACACAGCCAGAGAUGCCUCUUCAGAAUAUUGCGGCUGCCUCAAUGGUGGCUGGUGUCAGGAGGGUGGUGUGUGUGACUGUGCUCAGUUCCAGGCAUUGGGAGACCGCUGCCAGAUCAUACCUAACCAGGGCCAGGAUAGGGACGGGAUCUGCAGGUCAUGGGGUCAACACCACUAUGAAACAUUUGAUGGGAUAUACUUCUACUUCCCGGGAACCUGCUCUUACAUUCUGGCCCAAGACUGCCACUCAACUACACCACAGUACACAGUGUGGAUCCACAACAGCCGAGUGUGUGAUGGGAGUGUGUAUUCAUGCCCAAGAGCCCUCAGUCUGUUCUUCCCAAAUGAGGAGGAGAUUCACAUCUCUGGUUAUCAGGUCCACCAGGGAGGUCGCCGGCUAAGCCUGCCUCAGACUGUAGGUAAUGUGUUUAUUGAACGGCUGGCCGAUUACCUUCUGGUGAAGAGUGUGUUUGGCUUCUCUUUGGCGUGGGAUGGAGGCUCUGGUGUUUACCUGAAGAUGAGUGAGGAGCACCAGGGAGCCCCAUGUGGCCUCUGUGGGAACUUCAACCAUAUUGCUGGGGAUGAUCUCACCACUGCUCGUGGCAUUCGGACAGAUGAACCUGCACUGUUUGGAAACAGCUGGGCAGUGGAUCUGCCUCAUGAGAGAACUUGUCCCUCAGUGGACCUCGAUUUCAGUGGGCCCUGCCAGUCGGAGUCAGACAUGGAUGAUGCCAUAGAGAAAUGCAGUGCACUUCUCUUCUUCCCAUUUCUGUCCUGUCACGAAAACAUUGACCCAAAUCCCUUUGUGGCCAGCUGUGUCUCUGACCUGUGUGUGUCUGAUGAUGAGGAAACAUUUUGCCGCGCCUUGGUUGAAUACACCCGGGCCUGCUCACACGUUGGAUAUCCAGUUAGAGAGUGGAGGGACAGUUUCCCUUCUUGUAAUGAUGGCUGUGAAGAGUUUGUCUACAGAGACUGUAUCAGUUGCUGUCCACCCACCUGUACAUUUGAGAAAGAGUGUCUAGGAACCAACCUACAUUGUCUGGACGGCUGCUACUGUCCUGAUGGUCUUAUCCUACAAAAUGGAACAUGCAUUGCUGUUUCUCAAUGUCCGUGUGUUUAUCAUGGAACGUCUUAUGUACAAGGACAUGUCCUUCAGCAAGGAUGCAGUGUUUGUGUGUGCAUGGGAGGGGUUUGGAACUGCACAGAGAACAACUGCACAGCGGAGUGUUCAGUAGUAGGGGACGUAUUUGUGACAACAUUUGACGGGAGGAUGUUUCUUCAACCGGGGGCGUGUCAGUAUGUCCUUGCCAAGAGCCGCACUAGCAGCAGGUUCAUUGUUACACUGCAGUAUACUACCUGCGCAGAGCAACAGGUGUGUAUUCAGUCAGUGACAGUGGUGCUAGAUGAAGAUGUGAGUCGACAGAUCACUUUAACCAGAGAAGGGGAAGUGAUCGUUGGUGUCAACCCGGCUCCAAUCUUGCCCUACAUUGAUGAUGCAGUGGAGGUGCGGAAGCUUACUUCUGUCUUUACACAGCUGAAGGCAGGAAUUGGUCUGAAACUGCAUUAUGAUGGUCGAGGGGGGCGGGUCUACCUGCACGUGGACAGCCAGUGGCGUGGAUUAACCCUUGGCCUUUGUGGAACCUUCAAUGGAAAUCUACGAGAUGACUUCCUAUCCCCUGCUGGUAUGAUUGAGGGCACUCCACAGCUUCACAGCAAUUCUUGGAAGGUGUCUUCUGCUUGUGUAGCUCCUGUUAAUCUGCCAAUCAUAGACCCAUGUGAGAUGAACCAGCACAAUGUAUUUUAUGCUACUCAGUGUGAGAUUCUCUUGGGGAAUGUGUUUGCUCCAUGUCAUGGCUACAUCAGUCCAAAUGUCUACCAGCAGCAGUGCCGGUAUCAGGCAUGCCGCUGUGGGAGCAGCUGUUUGUGCACAGCACUCGCACACUAUGCUUACCUCUGCUCAAAACACGGAGCUGACAUAGAUUUCAGGUCUCAUGUUUCUGAAUGCGGGGUUGUGUGCCUUGGGGGAAUGCUGUACCAUUCUUGUGUGUCAUCCUGCGGUCGAUCUUGUCGUGCUCUGUCCAGCCCUGACACAUGUAGCCCAGAGGACUGUGCGGAGGGCUGCGGCUGUCCACACAAUAGUUACUAUGAUGAUGCACGCCAGCGCUGUGUCCAAUUGUCUCAGUGUCACUGUUACUGGAUGGGUGGUGUGUCACAGCCAGGGGAAGUGACCUUCAGCGCCUCUGGCCCCUGCCUGUGCAGAAAUGGGAAGAUGGAGUGUGUGCCAGAGGAACAAGAGCCAGAUAGUGUAGAAGUUGGGGAGUGUCCAGAGGGGAAGGUGUACCACAGCUGCAGUGAGCAGAGAGGAGGUGUAGCAUGUGCACCAACCUGCCGUAACCUUAUGCUUAAUCUGACCUGUCCUCCAAACACACCAUGCAUCCCCGGCUGUGUCUGUCCUCCUGGGCUGGUGCUGCACCAUGGAGAGUGUUACUAUCCAGAGAACUGUCCCUGUUCCUGGCUGGGCCUUGAGUAUCUUCCUGGAGAAACUGUGGAAACACCAUGUUACAAAUGUGUGUGUCACCGUGGCUAUUUUAACUGCACCUAUUCACCAUGCCCAGCUGUGUGUACAGUCUACAGUGACAGACACUAUCAUACAUUUGAUGGCCUUGAGUAUGACUACCACUCUGACUGUCAGGUGUAUCUGAUUAAAAGUGCAGGAGAAACCGAGGUGUCCAUUGUCGCCCAAAACAAGGACUGCUAUGAGAGCGGCAUUGUGUGCAUGAAAAUACUGGUCAUUCAUGUGGGACUUACCAAGAUCUACUUCACUGACAACUCUGGCAACCCUAGCCCAUCGACCGUCAUUGGCAGAGGAUCAGAGUUUGAACUGUGGAAGGCAGGCUAUUACACUGUAGUCCACUUCGCUAAUCAGGACCUGACAAUCCUAUGGGACCGCAAGACAACUGUACACAUCAGAGCUGGACCUCAAUGGAAGGGUCAUCUCAGUGGGCUGUGUGGAAAUUUUGAUAGCGUGACAGUGAAUGACAUGACCACCUCCAGCCACAUGGAAGUCAAUAAUGCACAGUCCUUUGGAGAUAGCUGGGCCCUGGGACAGUGCGAAAGUGAAAGUGUAGUUGAGCGACCGUGUGAAGGGGACUUGGGGAGACAGCCGUACGCCAAGAGAGAGUGUGCUCUCCUCUACAGCGAUGUCUUUGCACCCUGUCACAAUGUGGUGGACGUGGCCUGGUUCUAUAGAAACUGCUUGACUGACACUUGCAAUUGUAACCGAGGAGGGGACUGUGAGUGUCUGUGUACAUCCAUCGCCGCAUAUGCACACAAGUGCUGCCAACAAGGGGUCACAAUACACUGGAGGUCACCCUCUGUGUGUCCCUAUGACUGUGAAUACUAUAAUCAAGAGUUAGGUGAUGGGCCAUUUUCCUUAGUGAGUGCUGUUUACAAUGAUACAGUUUUCGGAGUGAAUCGCACCAGUAGCUCAGUAUUUCCACUGGUGAGAGAGAGACCGGGUCAGCUGCCUCCCCCAGGCCUGCUGUUCAACUUCAUGAUCACUGCAGGCUUGCAGAAGGACAGGACAUCACGUGUCCCUGUGGUAUCACUGGAAUCUGCAGAGAGACCAAACUAUUUCCUUGUUGUGUCAGGGCACAGCAGUCUUCAGUUGGAGCGCUGGACUCGGGGAGCAGAGUUUAGUCGCAGGGCAACCUUUAUCCAGCACCAGGGUCUGUUUCUGCCAGGUCACAUCUCAUUUGAGCUUAUCGGCCAACCUGGGAUUUUUCUGACCCUGACACGCACUGCUGCACGAGCCCAACGAUAUGACCCCACAGACAGUUUCAAGGCCAGCAGCAGUUUCACUUUGGAGGAGAGCAGUUUUGUCAUCCCAUAUCGUAUGAUGUGUGAGUGGCGCUACCAGCCGUGUGCGAGCCCAUGUGUUCAGACAUGCAGUGACCCAGACGCCACACGUUGCCAGUUUCUGCCUCCUGUAGAGGGCUGCUUCCCGCGUUGUCCGAAGAAUAUGGUCCUUGAUGAAGUCACAAGAAGAUGUGUCUACACGGAAGACUGUGUGAUACUUCCACCAACUCCAACUCCAUUUGCUUACGUGACACGGUCCAACAGAACAACUACAGCACCUCCAACAACUACAACUACAAUCACGACAACCACUACCACAAGACCCACAACAACUAGUACCACUACUACAAUAAGGCCCACAACAACCACAACCACCACCACCACCACCACUACAAGACCCACUACCACCACCACCACUACUACUACAACCAGAACAACCACAACCACUACGACCACCACCACCAGAGCGACCACUACCCCCUCCACUACUCUCACACCCACAUCAACAACUGCAACCACAGUCACUCCCACUACUCCCACUACAACAAUAUCCACAGAGCGGGUAACUACUUUACUCACCACUUUACCAACCACAUAUCCGACUACUACCACUCCUCUCCUGCCCUCUACUGCUACCACUGUUAUUGUUACCACGACUACUCUCACUCCUUCAACGGCACCCGAGACGACUACUCUCAGAACAACUGAAAUUACCCCCACCCAAACCAUAAUAACCACAGGUGUCACUACAACUGUCACCACACCUAUGCCCACGACUGUACGCACCGAAGCCACAACACUCCCAUCCACCACCUCUCCUACACCUCCUACUACUCCUCCUACCUCCACCUUGCUUAUCACUACAACUACUUCCACACCUUCAACACCAGCCUUAACCCCAGCAUUAACCACGGUGCUGACAUCCACUGUUGCCACCACCCCACCUCCAGUGACCACCCCCACGACAACACUACCACCAACUACAACCGACACAACCACGCCACCCUCUACCACUCGAACAACAACACCUGAAACCACCCUCGAAAGUACGACCACACCUACACCAGCUCGCACGACUACUACUGUAGAGACCACCACCCCAAUGGAAACCUCAACAGUGUCAUUGACAACAACAGCUAUCCUCCCUACAACCACUGAACCCACCAUAGAGCCCUCCACCACAGAAAUAGUCACAACCUCUGAAACAUCUGUUACAACGGAGGAAGUAUCAACCAGACCUCCAUUUCUUUUACCUACUACUCCCUGUACACCUCCCUACUCUUACCGUAUAGAUGAGUGUGCUGAGCUGAUCUGUUUCAAUGGAGAACUCCUGCUUCAUAACUCCUCUCUUCAUUGCCGCUACAACACAACUCCUCCCCGAUGCAGUCUGCUGGGCCUGCCCAUCCUCAUCAAUACAGACCCCUGCUGUCCACAAUGGCAGUGCCCCUGUCGCUGCACCGUUAUGUCAGAUCUGCGUGUGAUCACGUUUGAUGGAAAUAAUGUGGCCUUGUAUGAUAAUGGCUCGUACAUCCUUGUUAACCUUCCAAGAGAGACUAUUAUCGGUACUGUGGAAAAAUGUCCGACCAGCCAGAGUGUCAACUCCAUCAGGCGAAUAAGUCCUUCAGGUGGAACAUCAGGUCUUUGUUUCAAGAAGCUAAACAUCACUACCUCGUCCUACCGAAUCAUUAUUCACAGACUGGAUCGAAAGGUAACAGUAAACUACAGACCUGUCAGACUUCCCUUUUCCAGACACUCUCUGUAUGUGGAAGAUACAGGCAGCAUGUAUCUGAUCAAUACACCUGGUGGGAUCAGCAUACAAUGGUAUCACAGCACUGGCAUCAUGGUGCUGCAGUACAUCACUCCCAGUAAUGCAUCUGUGCCCACUCGAGGACUGUGUGGUUGUUGUGAUGGGAAUCCAGAAGAUGACCUAAAGCUGCCAAAUGGGACGGUAGUGAGGGAAGUUGGAGACAUGAUGCUUUUCCUGCAGGCUUGGAGAGUCCACACUACUGAUGAGGCUGAACACAUGCGUAGGGUUGGAGACAACUGCACAACUGGGGACUGUUCUACCUGUAUAUCUAUGCUUCGACAGAGAGCAUUCACACCAUGUCACAGCAAGGUACCUCCAGAACAGUUCUGUGACAUCAUGUGGGCAGGAGAUCUGCACUACAAAGAUCACCAGUGUGACUUUUUGGCAGCCUACGUGGCAGUUUGCUACACCCAUCAAGUCUGUAUCAGCUGGAGACGACCCAACUUCUGCCCAUUACGGUGUCCCCCUGGAAAGGAGUAUCAGCCAUGUGUGAGCACCUGCACCAGUCGCACUUGUCUGAACAGGGAGUACUAUGAAGAGACCACCUGCUCCUUUAUCAGGGAGGAGUGUGUGUGUCGCAGUGGAACCAUCUUGCACCGGGCUGAUUCCCCAUUCUGUGUAACUGAGGAUCGCUGUGUAUGCACCGAUAAUGAGGGUAACCCCCGGGCCCCUGGAGAGGUGUGGAAUGGCUCUUCCCGGAGCUGCUGUCUGUAUAAGUGUAUGGAGAAUGGUUCUGUAGUAGCUGUCGAGCCUGAGUGCAGCUCUGUGCCUACACCACUGUGUGAACGGGAGGGAGAGUAUGUACUGGAUGUUCUAGAAGAAGGAGCCUGCUGCCCAAAGAAGAUCUGUGAGUGCAACAUGACCAUCUGUGACAGUGAAGCUCCGCCUUGCGACAAUGGAAACAGACUGGUGAUUGGUUACAGUGCUCUGUCAUGCUGCCCAGACUACCGAUGUGAGUGUGACCCCAUGGCAUGCCCUCCUGUGUCUGCCCCGGACUGCAGGGAAGAUCAGUUCUUAGUAGAGGUCAGGGGGUCUAAAGCCUGCUGCUACUCUUACCUGUGUGUGUGUGAGUCAUGUAUUGAGCCUAUUCCAGCUUGCUCACAUGGAGAAAUUCUGGCUGUGGAUCUAAACACCACCAACAGCUGCUGUCCACAGUACCAUUGUGUGUGUGAUGCCAACUUGUGUCCUGAGUCAUCUGUGAGCUGUGCACCUGGUCUGUCUUUAAUCCAAACAACUGUCCCAGGGCAUUGUUGCCCACAGCACCACUGUGAAUGCCAAUGUGAGGACAGUGUUCUUCCCAUCUGUCAAGUGGGGGAGGUGGUUGUUGAGCUUCCAGACAGCGACAACAACUGUGACUGUCCUCAGCAUACAUGCCAAAAGGCAGAGGUGUGUCUUUUCCAAGGGAUGACAGUGCUGGGUCCAGGUCAGUCUCUGGUUCAGUACUUUGAAGGAGAGCUGUGCUACACUGUCCACUGCCUGAAUCACAAAGAUCCAGACACAGGUUUCUAUGCAAUGGAGAUCAGCUCUGUCAACUGCUCCCAAAAAUGUGGACCAAACCAAGUGUACGUACAGUCCACAGAUCCCCAAGUUUGCUGCGGCUCUUGCAAAAACGUCUCAUGUACUUUCACCAAUGAAAAUGGGACGACAGAGCUUUUUGCUGCAGGGAGUUCCUGGGUAGAGAACUGUACACGUUUUGACUGUAUGGAAACAACAGUGGGAGCAGUGAUCCUUGCUUCUGGGGUGAUAUGCCCUCCAUUCAAUGACACAGAGUGUAUUCAGAAUGGUGGUGUGGUACAAAGCUAUGUGGACGGUUGCUGCAAGACAUGUAAAGAGGAUGGCAAGACAUGCAAGAGAGUGGCCAUUCGAACCACCAUUCGAAAAGACGACUGCAGGAGCAAUGCACCGGUGACUGUCUACUCUUGCGAUGGGAAGUGUCCGUCUGCCACCAUAUUCAACUUUAACAUCAACAGUCACGCCAGGUUUUGUAAGUGCUGCCGUGAGAGUGGACUACAAACUCGCUCUGUCACGCUCUACUGCUCUCGCAACGCCACUGUGGUGGAGUACAACUUCCAAGAGCCUCUGGACUGUUCCUGUCAAUGGAACUAAAAAAGAGCCUUCAAGUAAAGAAAAAAAAAAAAGAAACAAAAAACAUCAUGACAAAAAAAAGCAAAAAUGUGUGAGGGGUGAAUGAAGGUGUAAGUGGAGAACAUCAGAUUUUCACAGUACGAACGGACAAGCAUGAAAACCAGCCAUGUUUCAUUCCUGUUUGUCUUAAUAGUACACUUUACUACACUGACGAAAAGUUGUAGUUGUCAGAGAAACACGUCUUAACUUAUGUGACUGAAAGAUUGUAUUUCAUCUAGUUGUGUCUGCACUUUAGUUUACACUUUAGACCUACUGUGCCAACCCAUGCAUUUGGCUGUGUAGUGCUUUUCCAGUGGUGGUACAAUGCCAAUAGCCUUUUAUCCUACUGUAUAUUACCAAAAAAUGACACAUCAGUUUUUCUAUUUUUAUAUCCUUUUUUGGGUUUAAAUGGUGUAUAUGCGUCUUGGUUAUUAUGGGAGAAAAAUAUAGCCUUUUGCAGAUACAUUUAUUAUGCAGUGGCUCCUUAGAAAAACAAUCAGUUAUAAAAAUGUGAUCUCUGAGUUUAGUAGUUUUUUAAAAAUCUGAAAUAGAUUAGGUCAAUAAAGGAUUUAACACUGUCUUUGUCUGAAUUAUUGCAAGACUGCAUGUUUUGAAUUAUCUCCUUGUGACCUAGAAUGCAUCCUAUUCACACAUCCUUGCAGUUUUUCCUCUCUCAGUAGGUAAACACACACAUCUCCAUCCUGAUUCAGCAUCUGUCGUGCUGACAUGUGUUUGUGUUUCACCUCCGAGCGGUUAUUGCAAUGUGGGAGUCACCUCUUAAUAACAGAAACCCUCCUUGGACUCCAGCUCUCUGUCUGCCAAUCUUUUCUCCCUUUCACAUUCCUUUCAUUCCACACAGGCCAAUGCUUCUGCCACACCCCGCUUUCCAAACCAAACCCAAACUUUUACAGUAUGCACACACAUGAUCACACACACACACCACUGCCUGCACUGUUAUGACCAGUUUGGAGCGCAUACUUAUUUCAGAGGUUAAAUAAACUCAUGGAAAC